AUGUUGAAUCUUGUUGCAUCGAAGUGCUCGUAUUUAAUGGCUAAAACCAUGUGAAAGUUUCUUUUAUAAAUAUAUAUUACGCGUGUUAUUUAGAAAGGAUAAAGGAAGCACUUUCGUGAGCACUGUAGUGAAGUACAGUGGAUUUAAAAACGUACGUAGAAGUGACUGUUUGUAGUAUAACGCGAAAUUAUUAUAUUUUGCAGAGGUCGUGAAGAGUAUAAUGUUCGUUGUGUCCUAACAUUGAGGCCAUUUUGUACGUUCAUAAUAUUUUCUAACUACAUUUAUGUGGUAUGUGUGUAACAUUUAUAUACGUUUUCAAAUUUUUGUUAGCAAAACGAAAGUAUUUCAGAGAGUUGUGCGUGAUACAUAUCGGCCGGCUGCUAAAAAUUUCUCGCAAAUAUUUAAUUUUCAUCAUACGGUUACAAUAAAGAAUUUCUAAAUACAUUUUAUAAUAUCGUGAAAAUUUUUUUUUAAAAACGCAGCUUCGUCGGUGGAUAAUUUAAAUUGAAAUUGGAAUAUCGCUGUGGUCAAACAUUUUCAACAACAUCUAUAUUCUGUAAAAUAAUGCCUGUGUGAAAAUUUCCUACGAUUGAAAUGUUACUUGAGAAAUGUAUUUCAUUCUCUUUCUUUCUUUCUUCUCCCCCUUCCGCAACCGUUUUCCCUUGCUCGUGUCCCAAAGAUACGAUCGAAACGCGACCAUCGAUAACAAUCUCGCGUGCCAUUUUAUGGUGCGUUAUUCGAAACGAGCGAGUGAGUACGCGCCGCGAGAGCCGUAAUUUUCGUCACGUUACAGAGAAGCUCGAUAUCGCCCGGUGAUAAAUACAGUCGUCCACGUACACCGCAGGAGACGCACCAUUCCCAUCAUUCUCAGAAUCACCAUGACCAUCCCAUGCACAUCAAAAAGAUGAAGAAGGAGCAGGACAAGGACAUCGGUCACAGUGACGGCGAAAAGAGUGAUCAGGAUCUGGUGGUGGACGACGCGAGCGAAGGGCCGACGAGUCCGGUUGUAAACGGGACGACGUCGCCUCGAGAGAACGGCCUGGACAAAGUGGCACCAAUCGGCACCGGCGUGCAGACGAAGAAAGACGUGCCGCCACACUCGCCGCGAAGCGGGACCAGCAGCAACGCGAGCACACCGUCGGCGAAGAAGAUGGAGGAACGUGAGAAGCCGACGACACCGAUCUCGAAGCCUCUGACACCGACCUCGGGCUCGGCGAUCAGCGGCGGUUUGAAGCCAUCGGGGUCGGCGAAGCUACUUCAGGGACCACCGCCUCCAGGCGUGCCGAGCGCGUAUCCGCCGCACUACGCUCCCGGGCCACCGCCUCACCAUCUGGCACCACCCGGCCAGCAUCCUCACGUCGACAUGAUGGGCUACAACGGCUACGUGGCGCCUAGAGCACCACCUUCGCUCCAACAGCUCUACGAUCCCCACGUGGCUAUGAGAGCUCCGAUGGGAUCGGUCGGAGUGCCCGGAGGCAAACCCGCGUACAGCUUCCACGUGUCGAGCGAGGGCCAGAUGCAGCCGGUGCCCUUCCCACCGGAUGCGCUCAGCGGACAAGGGAUACCGCGUCAUGCGCGGCAAAUUAAUACCCUCAGCCACGGGGAGGUCGUGUGCGCUGUCACGAUCUCCAAUCCGACCAAAUAUGUGUACACCGGCGGCAAGGGGUGCGUCAAGGUCUGGGACAUUGGUCAAGCAGGCACAGGAAGCACCAAGUCUGUCUCUCAGCUCGACUGCCUGCAGCCUGACAACUAUAUCAGGUCAGUGAAACUGCUGCCGGAUGGCAGAACGUUGAUAGUCGGUGGUGAAGCCAGCCGGCUGAGUAUCUGGGAUCUGGCGAGUCCGACGCCGAGGAUCAAGGCCGAAUUAAUCUCCGCCGCCCCGGCCUGUUACGCUCUGGCGAUCUCGCCGGACUCGAAGGUCUGCUUCAGCUGCUGCAGCGACGGCAGCAUCGCCGUCUGGGAUCUUCAGAAUCAGUCUUUGGUCAGGCAGUUCCAAGGUCACACGGACGGCGCGUCCUGCAUCGACAUAUCCGCCGACGGUUCGAAACUGUGGACCGGCGGAUUGGACAACACGGUGCGCUCGUGGGACCUUCGGGAGGGCAGGCAGCUGAAGCAACACGACUUCACCUCGCAGAUAUUCUCUCUCGGCUACUGUCCCACGGGGGAAUGGCUGGCCGUCGGCAUGGAGAACUCGAACGUCGAGGUGUUGCACGCCUCCAAUCCGGACAAAUAUCAGCUCCAUUUGCACGAGUCUUGCGUGCUGUCGCUGAGAUUCGCGUCCUGCGGCAAGUGGUUCGUCUCCACCGGCAAGGAUAACCUGCUGAACGCGUGGCGCACGCCUUACGGAGCGUCCAUAUUCCAAUCGAAGGAAUCGUCCUCGGUGCUCAGCUGCGAUAUAUCAGCCGACGACAGGUACAUCGUUACCGGUUCAGGUGACAAGAAGGCGACAGUCUACGAGGUUAUGUAUUGA